AUGAAAUCUCUGAGAAUAAACAAUCAAUAUAUAAUGUCUAGAAAAAUUGCUUCAGGUGCAUUCGGGUUUGUGAUGCUUGGGUUUGAUCAAAAAACAGGACAGUAAGUAGCCAUAAAAAUUGAAAAACCUGAAAAUGAGCAUCUCAGGUCCUUGGAAAAAGAAGCAGAUAUAAUACGGAGAUUGGAAGGGGUUCAAGGAGUGCCUAAAAUCCUAUAUUUUGGCAAAUAGGAUGACUUUAAUGUUUUGGUUUUGCAACUUCUUUCUAAAGAUUUGUCUUCUUUGAUAAAAAAAUAAAAGAAAUUUAGCCUCAAAAACCUGUUUUAUAGAUUGGGAUUAAAUUAGUUGAAAUAUUGGAUGACAUUCAUUAAAAGGGAGUAUUGCACAGAGAUUUAAAACCAGAAAAUAUUAUGA